AUAUGGCGGAGAAUGGAAGAGAAGGGUUUUCUCUCACAGAAACGACUGAUGGUAGUGAUAUUCCCCAAUCUGAUACAUUGGUAGACACAAAAUUAGAUCAAGAAUCUGCAUCGUUGGUUGCUGAUGUUAAACUCCGGCCUGGGGUAGCACCUAUCAAGACUCAGUAUUUAAAGAAGGUUUCAAAAACUGCAGCUAGUAAAGCAAGUUCAGAUGAAGGUAAAGCAUCAUGUAAUGAAGCCGAGAAAAAGAGACCAGUUAGUGAAGAUCAGAAUGAUAGCAACAAAUCAGGAGAACCAUCUAAAAAGAAGAAAAAACGUGGAAUGAACAAAGCUAGACCUCGGGCAGCAAAGCUAGAUUUUAGCCGGCAGUUAUGCACAAGUGUUGUCAAGGGGGAAGAGUGUGCUUAUGGUAAUGAGUGCAGAUAUCUGCAUGAUGUUGAAAAGUAUAUGACAGAUCAUAAGCUUCCUGAUAUUGGAGAAACCUGUGUGAACUUUGAGAAAUAUGGUAAAUGCAUAUAUGGUAUAACAUGUAGGUAUGGAAAGAAGCAUAUUUCUCAGAAUUAUGAAAACGUUGUAAAUGAGGAAUUAUACAAGGAGACUGCACCUUCAAUGACAAAGAAUGUGUUAAGCAAAGAGCUCACAUUUUCACUGAGGAAAAAACAGUAGGAGUUUCCCAAAGCAGACAUGUAUGUGGCACAUCUUGCAAAAGUGAAAGCUGAGGGCAAAGCAAAUAGUGAACUUGAAAGUUUGCCUAGGCCAUGUCUCAAAACUGCAGGAGCUAUCACAGAUGAAGAUGUCAUCAAACUUAGACCACAAGAAAAGAAAAAGAUCAAUUUUGCAGACAAGCUGUAUUUGGCACCACUAACAACUGUUGGUAACCUGCCAUUUCGUAGAGUAUGCAAACAGUUUGGUGCAGAUAUAACUUGCAGUGAAAUGGCCAUGUCUACCAAACUACUUCAGGGCAGUAUGUCAGAAUGGGCCUUGCUAAAACGCCAUCCCUCUGAGGACAUUUUUGGUGCACAGUUAUGUGGUUCGUUUCCUGACUCAAUGACAAGAUGUGCCGAGCUCCUUCAGAAUGAUGUUCCUGUUGACUUUGUGGACAUCAACAUUGGUUGCCCCAUAGAUUUAGUAUUUAAACAGGGAGCUGGUAGUGCUUUGAUGGGCCGCAUGGGAAAAUUUGAGCAGAUUGUCAGAGGAAUGAAAUAUGUUCUGGAUAUACCUCUGACUGUCAAAAUGAGAACUGGCAUCAGUGAUAAGAAAACUUCAUGGAAUGCACACAAGCUCAUUUCCAAUCUUAAGACCUGGGGUGUUUCACUGGCAACUCUCCAUGGACGCUCAAGGGAACAACGAUACACAAGACUAGCUGACUGGGACUAUAUCAAUGAGUGUGCUAAGGCUGCUGCACCAAUGCCUCUAUUUGGUAAUGGAGACAUCCUUUCUUAUGAAGAUGCUGUUUUACGAAGAGAGCAAACUGGAGUGUCUGGUUUGAUGAUUGCGAGAGGGGCUCUGAUCAAACCAUGGAUAUUUACAGAAAUAAAAGAAAACAGACACUGGGACAUAUCAUCCAAUGAACGCUUCGACAUGCUGCGGUAUUUUGUCAAUUUUGGCCUGGAGCACUGGGGAUCUGAUACGAUGUGAGAUACUUUUAGGUCCCGUCCCUACUGGAUUCUGCUUCCUCCCUAAGCACAAGUCAAACUCCUACACUGAAACUGAAGGAUAGAAUAAGAUAACUAUUAUUUUCUCUAAGAAGAUCAGCCACUGUAACUGUAGGUUUAAACAUAGUUUCCUUAAAUCGUUGAGGGGUUGCUUAUUAUUUUCUUUGUCAUGCCAAAUAAACUGCUUGUGAGCCAGGAUUAAAGAUCAUAUUUCAGCUUUUUCAUAUAUAUUUUUGAAGAUCUGGUAAGCAUAGAUAUUUAUUUGAUUGUUCUCUGUGGGGAAAACUCUUGAAUAGAAGGAAAUUUAGUCAAUGUUAAUUAAAUGAAGUGAACACAUGGUUUGGAUGUCAUCUUCAAAACAGUGCAUUUGGUGCUCCCAAAUGUUAAAUGUAAUGCACUAUUUGUAUGAAUGGUGAAGCUAAAACAUUGAUAAGAAAAGAGCCAAAAAUCUGAUAAAACCCUGAACCCACUUCAACCAAAUAGAAACCAAAAUUUUCAAGACUUACAAAAAUUAUCCAGACUAAACGAAUGAUUUAUUAAUGUUCCCAGCAGCUGUUACACUUUUUUGCUAUGUGAUUGCUUUCAGAUAUUCUAACUAAUGGUUCAUUUUUCUCUGAAAUUGUCAAAAUUGUGUGUGGUGCAUUUUAUGAGGCCAUUUACUGGAGGACAUGAAUAUAAUUGCACAAGCUUGUAAUGCAACAAAAGGUUCCAUUAUGACUAAGCGAAUUUGGCAUAUAAGUAAUAAAAAAACUGUUUGUGCAAAAUAACGGGAUAUGGAGUCACUGAAUUGUAAUAAAAAUUAUUGAUUAAACUAUGCGUACAAA